AUGCCGUCUCUUUAUGGCGCGGGCGUGCGCAUGCACCUCGCAACACAUUCGCUUGCAUCUACCCUCACCGAACAGGUUCAAUUGAAGAAGGGCUUUGACGCGGCUGCCAGAGCCGAACACGCAGAGAAAGCACUUAGAGAGAGUGAGCGUUCACUGCUGCCCGAAGAACGGGUCCCAUUCCCGGGAGAUGAAGGCGAAUUCGCGGUUAAUUGGCUCGGUCGCACGCCGUUCUUGCAAGCUGUUGUGAACCAGCCUUCGGAGAAGUCGCAGCAGCUCGAGGAUCUGAAGCAGAAGCUUGCUUUGAGCAGUGUUUAUGCAGCCUAUCCGGGCAACAGAAGCUCUUUGGAGGGAAUCGCCACGAGGAGUGGACGGUUUCUGUCUUUCGAUGAUGCCGAGGGUAAGAAGAGCAGCCAAAUCGGACCACUGCCAACACAUGGCUUGCCAAUGGCACGUUCGCCAUACAGUUCUUUGCCAAACAACCAACAAGAACCUAAGGCGCUCGUCCUCCAUGUCAUGCUUACCGACAAAACCUUCUUCCACGACCCGCUGGACAAACGCCCACAGCACCUCAAGAUCGAUGUUCUUUUCAAUGGCCAACUGUCAAGCUCUGUACUUAUACACACAGGCGAUAUCCGGAGCGGCGCCAAGUCACUCAAUCAGAUUUUUGCGGGAACACGCAUUGAUUACAUGGCGGAGCGACCAUGGAUUCUUCACCCAUCUCAGUCAGACAUUGACUCUGGAUGCUCUUCACCAAGUUCGACCGGAAACGAUGCGCACGAUCGUUGGGCAGAGAUCUGCAAAGCCUUGAUGAACGAAGCCGAUCAACGUGGAGUUAAUGUGGAUGGUGAGAGGCCACCAACGGCGGCAUACUUUCGAGACCUCGCAAGCAUGCAGAUGCCGGACAUGAUCAAAGACAUGCAAAGGUCCGGUGGAAGGAGGUUUGGUGUGAUUGAUAUGAUCAUCACGGUCGGGACUGGCAAGAAAACCAUGAACAAUGUGGUGUAUCUGAAGGCACCAACGCGGUUGGCUGAUGAUCAGUUCUGUUACGAAGUGAAAGAGGGUCGUGAGUUGACACCAGCUGGCGUAAAUAAGCCUGGCCCACGUACGUUCAACACCGAUGAGCAAGGUGCCGAGGGUAAUUCAGACUUUGAGUCUUCUGUAUUGGCACAAGAUACUAUUUUCCACGGCCGACCAGACCUUCCCAGCCAGGGAAUUCCGCUCCUGCCACCACAACCAGCUCUACCAUGGAACAACCCCUUCACCGGCUCUCUAAUCCCAUCGCGGGCAUCGUUGGGGCCCUUGACGUCUUCCGUUGAGCAGCCUCUGUCUCAAUCAGAUGCGGAGGAGCCGCCCCAGAAACGAGGCCGCUUCCCAACUUCAAGCAAUGACGAGCACAAGAUCAUGGAGACAAGCGGAUCAAAGUCGCCUCCGCGAAGGCCAUAUCCCUCUGCUCAUGGCCCAUCGAUUCCUCCGGCAAGAUCUUUUCCGCUCUCAGUACCAGACACUGCAUUCAAUGUGAAUCAAUAUGACAACUUCGAACAUGCGAAUCCGUAUCAACUGCCCUACACCGGCAUGAUGACUGGCCUAGACUUUGCAUCCUUCGAUGGUCCAAUAUCUUCGCCUCUUCGGAUUGCCUCUGGCGGCCAGCUCACGCUCCCCUCAUUCGUACCAACUCCUGAAGAAGUCAUCCCAAGCCCGGCGGCCACCAGCACCUUUUCCAGUCCAUAUUCGCAACCAAGCGCACCGUUCAGUCAUGGAUAUGGAGUUGUAUUCUCUUCGGAUAACUCGACCCCGUACAAUUCAGUAGGGACCUCCAUGGGCUACGGCAUCCCGAAUGCGGGCCACUUGCUGAAUUCAAGCCUUCCUCCCGGCUAUGUUUUGCAAGGACCGACUCAUUCUGCUCUGUCGCCGCUUGGAGCUGCAUCUCGUUCAUUCAGCCCAUAUGCUUCUGUUCCGUAUAUGCCACCGCUCAGAAGGCCUUCGAACGGUCCACCGCCCCCAAUGGGACUCUUUAAGGUGACCGAAAAGCCCAAGAAAGAACAGCAGGCGAAUUCUCCUGCAUCAGCUUCCAAUCUCUCCGGUUCAGGCACUUUAGUGGUCCGUCUGGUGAUCCGCAUGGGUGGAAGGGUCAUUGUUUCCCAUCAUUUCAAGAUACCUCGACAGCUUCCUGCGAAAACAGCCCUCAACAAGAACACAUCGGUUGGCCCUGUGCCUCCUGCUAAGGUUCGAAAAGAGUCUCCUGACUUGGCAGAAUGGACGGAGCAAGCUAUUGUGCAGUGUCGUGGAGCAACUGGAGCAACUGGGACUUCGGAUAGUCCGCCGAACACGUCACUGAUUGAUGUUGCCAACCUUCAGACAACUACGAGCCUGGACAGGAACAAGAGGGACUCUUUCCACGAUGGUCUGGCCAGGGUCGAAGUCCCGGACCCGAAGCACAAAACCUCAGCUCCAACAGCGAAAGAAUCCGAAAUUAUCGCCAAUACCGUAGCGGUAGAAACUUCAGGCCUUACCAAUAUUCUUUCUGGAUCAGACACAUACGCUCAAAUGCAUAAUACAGCUAACACUGGCAUCCUCGGCGUGCAAGGCCCCAAAGCGAAUCUUUUCGUCUUUGACAACCCCGAGGAGCUUCUCAGGAAGAAGAAGUCGAAGGCUCAGGCUGGAUCCCGAUCCGUAUCACCGUUCAAGGUAGACACGCCAUUAAACGAGGCAACUGAUGGAUCCGCGAAGGGUACAGAGCCUCACAAGCAUGCUGUAGAGUCUAAAGAUGUGGAGACUGGAUCGAGCUCUCCGUUGUCCGAGCUGUCUCAAUCACCUCAAUUGUCUUUCACAGCUGACAUGCCUCCUAAAACCGGCACAAAUGCGGAGGCCAGCCUGCCAGUAUUGCAACUGCCGAAUACUCCAGCAGUGCCCACUAUAUCGGAGCCCACUGUCACACGAAGUGCCUCAUUUCGCAUUCCAUUGCCCGCAAGCGUACCCCAGGCACCUCCCGUACCCUCAAUGCUCCCUUCUUCCCCCAUCCCGAUCGCUUCUCCCGAAGGAGCUGCUCUCAAGCGGAAGCGCGCACCCGAGCGAACACCCAAGCGCGCUUCCGCAGGCACAUACGUCAAGCAGCCGCGCAGUCCCGACCGCCUGGAUGCGAAGGACAAUCCGCCGCUCAACAGGGACUGCGUGAUCCAGUAUGCGGUCAGCGAGCGUAAGGGCGGCGCACUAAGGCAGGUGAAGAGUGAGAGGAGAGGCGUGUUCAAGGAGGACAGUGUGGUGGUAGGAUGUAGGUUUUUCGUGGGUGGGUGUUGA